AUCAUAUGUUAGUGUUACUCCACGUGCGAAAUAAUAUUUUUCAAGUUUGAAUAGAAAUGAAAAAAAAACAAUCUAACGAAAUACCUGGCUUUCCUUCGCUAGAGGAGCACCGGGCCGCCUCCGUCAGAGAUGAUAUUCUCAAAAGCACCAAGGCAGCAAAGUCAAAUAAAAGCGGUGGUUUUCAGUCAAUGGGAUUAAACCAGGAUCUGGUAAAGGGAAUUACAAAGCGUGGCUACAAGGUGCCGACGCCUAUACAGAGAAAAACCAUCCCCAUGAUACUCGAAGGUCGCGAUGUAGUGGCCAUGGCUAAGACGGGUUCAGGCAAAACGGCCUGUUUUCUUAUACCCCUUUUUGAACGUUUGCAAAGACGCGAGCCCACCAAGGGAGCCCGGGCCCUAAUCCUGUCGCCUACCCGUGAACUGGCCGUGCAGACAUACAAAUUUAUCAAAGAACUGGGACGAUUUAUGGAACUGAAAACCAUUUUGGUGCUGGGCGGUGAUUCUAUGGACUCUCAAUUCUCUGCUAUUCACACUUGCCCUGAUGUCAUUGUGGCUACACCUGGACGUUUCCUUCAUCUCUGUGUAGAGAUGGAUUUGAAAUUGAACUCCAUAGAAUAUGUGGUCUUUGAUGAGGCCGAUCGUCUCUUCGAAAUGGGCUUUGGUGAGCAGCUAAAUGAGACUCUUCACCGCCUACCAUCGUCCCGGCAAAUGGUCAUGUUCUCUGCCACAUUGCCAAAACUUUUGGUUGAUUUUGCUCGAGCUGGUCUUAGUGAUCCUGUGCUAAUACGACUCGACGUGGAGUCUAAGCUACCCGAUUCCUUGGCUCUAAAAUUUCUUUAUUGCCGGCCGGAUGAUCGUUAUACUUCUCUUAUUGUGUUGCUUAAAUAUGUAAUUCCGGAAAAGUCACAAACUGUUGUUUUUGCCGGGACACAGCAUCAUGUGGAACUCAUCUCGUUUAUACUAACCCAAUCAAACAUAUCAAACACCUCGGUCUAUUCAAGCUUGGAUCCUGCUGCACGUAAAAUUAACACGGCAAAAUUUGUAAGCAAAAAAGUGUCCGUCUUGAUUGUUACGGAUGUAGCAGCCAGAGGCAUAGAUAUACCAAGUUUGGACUAUGUGAUCAAUGUUCAUUUUCCGGGCAAACCCAAAUUGUUUGUACAUCGUGUAGGUCGCUGUGCUCGUGCUGGUCGUUCCGGUACAGCUUUUUCUAUAUUUUCCACCGAUGAUACAGCUCAUUUGCUUGAUCUUCAUUUGUUUCUCAAUCGUCCAUUUAAUAUUGAUGACAACAUAGCUAUUGGUACUGUUCCACAAGAUCUUCUGGAGGAGGAACAUCUUACGGUGACAGAGAUAAAAAAAAGCCAUCACAUUGCUGGCGUUUUGAGGACCAGUGAAAAUGCUUACAAAAAGUAUCUCAGCUCACGGCCAGUGGCAUCUACAGAUGCUAACAGCCGUGUGAAGAAAAUUAAAUUCUUUGCCUUAAAGCCCUUAGAGGAUUUUUUUCACGCGGUUCCUGUUUUGGCUCAAGCUGCUGAGGUUAGCGGUCAAGCGAACGAAACUUCUAAAUCAGAGGUCGCUGCUGCAGAGCGCAAAUUGCAAGAGAAAAAGCAUGACAUAUUGGUUCAGAUGAGAAACUUUCGUCCAGGAGGGACAAUUUUCGAGUUAAACUGCACACAAAAGUCGACACCUUUUGUCGUAAUGAAGGAGAAACGCUUACAGCAUUCCGAGAAAAUCGAAAAAUUUCGAGAACAACGCCAGAAAGAAGAUCUGAGCGAGGAGCAGCGAGCAAUCGAAGUGAAAGAACAGCAAAAAACAACUUCCACCGUUGAUGAAGAUGUCAUAAGCAAAACUUUUAACCAUGUUGUGGCACCCAAAAGAAGGCAAGACAUGGAUAACUUAUACAAGGAGAAACCAAAAAAAAGAAAGAAGUCUAAUGUAAAGGAUACUGAACACUACAUCCCCUAUCAGUCAGCUGAUAAACACACUGAAGAUGGCCUAGCCAUUAACUCGUUUGAACGACAAGCACAAAACGCGGAAUUCUCUGUCAUGGAUCGCAAUCAAACUGAAGUUAAACACAAGCCAGGGCUCAAAAAGUGGGAUAGGAUAAAAAAAAAGAUGGUCUCUGUGCAGGAUCCUCGGUCCAAUAAAAUACGCACUGAGUCUGGAGCUUGGAUUCCAGCGUCAUUUAAAACUGGGCGCUAUACUGAGUGGAAAGAAAAGUCCAAAAUUGAAGAGCAAUUGCAGCGGGAAAAUGCAGGAAAUGAAGCUGAUGAGGAUUUCAAGCCUCUAUCUCAUGCGCAAAGGUAUCCCGUUGGUCGUCAUGCGCGGCAUAAUGUCAAAAUUGAGUUAAAGAAACGUCUCACUGGUGGCAACGACACGGAAAUGCGUCGACCUGAACAAAUUGUCAAGUCUCGCAUGCGUUUGGAGUUUAUCAAAAAGCGCAAUGAGGACAAUGCUGAGCGAAAAGCCGAGAAUCGUAAGCGUAGCAUGCGAAAAAGUCAGCGACCACAAAUGAAGAAUAAAGCUAAAAAGCGGAAGUAAGCGAACUGACUGCUGUUUGAAAAUUAUCAAAAUAUUGUUUAUAAAAUUUUGUUUGUGUGUGAGAUUGUACAAGAACUGCUAUUUUGUAUGCGUUUCCUUGGUCUGAACUUGGAUUGUUUUGUUCCCGAUUAACCCCAUGUCUGUCAAGCGAACCAAUAAACGUGAGCAACAGGAGUUGCAUUUCAAAGUGA